CGAAGACAUUCCAAUCAAUGAUGACCCAUUUUUACAAAACAUAAACCUCAACUUUCUCAAAACCUUAUCUUUCUCAAAAAAUUUGUAACUUCACUUCCACUGUCUCACAUAUGAGUUUUGUUCUCUAAUUUCAAUGGCUUCAUCUAUCAUCUCUCUUCAUUACUGUGCCAAUUUUCCAACUACCCCCAUUUUGUUUCAUUCCAAUAAACACUCUAAGUUUCUUAAUUACCAAUUUUCUCAUACCAAUGUUGGACUUCGAAGUUUCACUACUCGUUGCUCUUACCAACCACCACAACAACCCCAUCAUUCUCAAUUUCAUGACAAACAUAAAGAAAAAUCAUUUUGCUUCAAGCAAUGUGCGAUAUCUAUAGCACUAGCAGUUGGGUUAAUAACUGGAGUUCCUACAUUCGGGUGGCCUAACAAUGCGGGUGCAGCUAACUCGGUUUUACCUGAUCUAUCUGUAUUGAUAUCUGGACCGCCGAUUAAGGACCCCGGGGCAUUGUUGAGAUAUGCUCUUCCUAUUGACAAUAAGGCGAUUAGAGAAGUUCAAAAACCGCUUGAAGAUAUUACAGAUAGUCUCAAGAUUGCUGGAGUCAAGGCACUCGACUCUGUCGAAAGAAACGUGAGGCAGGCGUCUCGAGCUCUCAAGCAAGGGAAGAGCUUAAUUGUAUCGGGUUUAGCUGAAUCGAAGAAAGAACAUGGAGUUGAACUGCUUGAUAAGCUUGAAACUGGUAUGGAUGAGCUUGAACUGAUACUGCAGGAUAGGAAUCGAGAUGCCGUUGGACCGAAACAGAAAGAACUUCUUCAAUAUGUUGGAGGUGUUGAAGAAGACAUGGUUGAUGGAUUUCCAUAUGAAGUUCCUGAGGAAUACCAAAAUAUGCCAUUAUUGAAAGGGAGAGCAGCUGUAGAUAUGAAGGUCAAGAUUAAAGACAAUCCAAACUUGGAAGAGUGUGUUUUCCACAUAGUUCUUGACGGUUAUAAUGCCCCCGUGACUGCUGGAAAUUUCAUCGACUUGGUAGAGCGGCACUUUUACGAUGGCAUGGAGAUCCAGAGAGCGGAUGGGUUUGUUGUCCAAACCGGUGACCCAGAAGGUCCUGCUGAGGGUUUUAUCGAUCCAAGUACAGAGAAAAUGAGGACAAUACCAUUAGAAAUUACGGUAGAUGGAGAAAAGGCACCUGUUUAUGGAGAAACUCUAGAGGAGCUUGGUCUGUACAAGGCUCAAACAAAGCUUCCUUUUAAUGCAUUCGGAACAAUGGCGAUGGCAAGAGAUGAAUUUGAGGACAACUCUGGUUCUAGCCAAGUAUUUUGGCUGUUGAAAGAAAGUGAGCUAACUCCAAGCAAUGCAAAUAUAUUGGAUGGUAGAUAUGCAGUUUUUGGCUAUGUAACCAAAAAUGAAGAUUUCUUAGCUGAUCUCAAAGUUGGUGAUGUCAUAGAAUCUAUUCAAGUUGUUUCUGGUUUGGAUAAUUUGGCGAAUCCAAGUUAUAAGAUUGCUGGUUAAGGAUAUUUAUGUGCGCUCUUCGGCUAUUAAAUAUCGCGAGUGAGUCUUCAAUUCGCAUUUGCUACAAUCUUCAAGGCAAAGUUCAUUUCCUCAAGUUUGUUCACAUUGUUCUUAGAACCAUUUUUUCAGCUUGUUACCUAGAAUCUAGCAUUCAGUUAAACAACUUGAGAUAUAUUAUGAUUUUUAAGACUGAAUUGACAAAAGCUUGUAACUUUUAUUCAAUCAAUUCAUCUAUGUAAUGGAACUAUUCAUAUGAGAAGAGAUAAAAUAUUUUGUUUGUUUA